CAUGCGCCCUGUCAGGAGAGCGGAAUCGUGGCUCCCUUUAGCAUCCAGAGCUAGCGGGCUGCUGCUGGAGGAGGAACAACACGGUGUGGUGGAGGGAAGGAAGGCGUCCUGCGCACUGUAGGGCACAAAUAUAUCGGCAAAUAUCCCCAGCUAAUCCUUGAGCUAACCAUUAUCCCUCCAUGCUGUCCGGGAAAAGAAGAUAACGGUGAUAAUAAACCACUGCCACCUCAAUUAGCCUACAAAGGCGCUGAUAAAGGGGAACUGCGUUUCUGCGUGAGAAGAGGAGUCUUUACCUUUGUAUCUGUUUGGGAUAUUGUGAAUAUAUCUGCAGCCUCUUGUUAAAGAAUGAGGUUACCUAGUAACAGACACUGUGCGAUGGAAGGAGACGGGAAGAAGAUGGACCAAGCUCCUCCGUUCAGAAACCCUUUUGUGCACGUCUUGAGAUUCAGCCCUCUGGAGAAAGCAAAGAUUGCAUUAAUGACAGUCACACUGUUCCCCAUCCGUCUACUCAUGGCUGCAUUCAUGAUGCUGCUGGCUUGGCCUUUUGCCUUCCUGGCGUCAGUAGGGCGCUCGGAGACCACCGUCGAACCCCAGUGCCUCUGGAGGAGACUGGUGGACAUAAUUCUGAAGAGCAUCAUGCGGGCCAUGUGGUUUGCGGGUGGUUUCCAUUGGAUGACUGUGAAAGGGCGAAGGGCAUUGCCUGCAGAAGCACCCAUCCUCACCCUGGCACCCCACUCCUCUUACUUCGACGCCAUCCCAGUCACGAUGACAAUGGCCUCAAUUGUCAUGAAGGCUGAGAGCAAGGACAUACCUGUCUGGGGCACUUUGAUUAAGUACAUCAGGCCAGUGUUUGUAUCGCGGUCCGACCAGGACUCCAGGAAGAAGACUGUGGAGGAGAUCAAACGCAGAGCCCACUCUGGAGGGGAAUGGCCUCAGAUAAUGAUUUUUCCCGAGGGAACAUGCACCAAUAGAUCUUGCCUAAUCACCUUUAAGCCAGGGGCAUUCAUUCCAGCUGUACCAGUGCAGCCUGUGGUGAUUCGUUACCCUAAUAAGCUGGACUCAAUCACAUGGACGUGGCAAGGGCCUGGAGCGUUUGAAAUCUUGUGGCUGACACUCUGCCAGUUGCACAACGAGUUUGUGGUCGAGUUCCUUCCCAUCUACACACCCUCAGAGGAGGAGAAAAAGAACCCUGCCCUCUUUGCUACCAACGUGAGACGUAUCCUGGCCAAAGCCCUGGGGGUACCCAUCACAGACUAUUCAUUUGAAGACUGCCAGCUGGCCAUGGCAGAAGGCCAGCUCAGGCUGCCAGUCGACACCUGCCUGCUGGAGUUUGCCAAGCUCGUCAGGAGACUGGGGCAGAAACCCCGGAACACGGAGAAGGUUCUGCAGGAUUAUGGGAACAGAGCCAGGAAGCUGGAAGGUCAGAAGCUGGACUUGGAUGACUUUGCUCAGUUCCUCGACGUGCCAGUUUCAGAGAUGCUGCGAGACAUGUUCUCUCUUUUUGAUGAGCGUGAAGAUAACUGCAUGGAUAUCAGAGAAUACGUGAUAGCCUUAUCUGUCGUAUGCAGACCUGCCAAAACUCUGGAAACGAUGAAAUUGGCCUUCAAGAUGUUUGAGGCAGAGGAGGACGGGGCCAUCACAGAGAUGGAGUUGGCAGUUAUUCUGAAGACAGCUUUAGGGGUGACCCACCUCAGCGUGUCACGUCUGUUUACCGCCAUCGAUCCCAAAGACACAGGGAAGAUCACGUUUGAUAAGUUCAGAUGCUUUAUGGAGCAGCACCCAGACUUUGCUGAGGACUACCUGUACACAGAAAACGCAGGCCUCCACAGCGGCCCCUGCCACGGUCACCAAACGAAGCCCGGCCUGACUCUCCGGAACCUGCAAGGCACUGCCACCACCAAAACAACUAACGGUAUCUGCCCCGACUUCAGCCCCAAAGACCACGACGGCACAAUAGAUGGACUUUUCAAAAAACACAACUAAAAGGGUUUAAAAAAUGUAGUGGGAGAUAACUGACACCUCUCCUGGUGAGAGGGUGUUGUGUGUGUGGGGGGAGGGGCGGAGGGUAGUUGUUUGUUAGAAACUUGUUUGAACAGUAAGGGACUACAUUUCAGUGACCACAACUACAAAAAUGAAAAAGUUUGCCGUACCCUUUUUUUAUUAGUAUUGUGUCCAUGCAAUUUCUGAGGUUAUUUUCAGCCGGGUAACAGUUUUAUUUUGUUAUAAAUUCCUUUUAUUUAAUUUUUUUUCAUAGCAAAGAUCGUCAACAUGCUAAACAAUGGCGGUUUCCGAUACAAUGCUUGAAUACCUGAAGGGCAAGCACUUAUCCAAAUUCCUGGGGGCAAAUGUUAAUUUUCUUUUUUCCUUUUCCCUCCAACAUAGUGCUAACUGUGCAUGUUUUCAACAUGAGGGAAGCAAGAAAAAGCCCUGGAAAAGUGAAGUUUUUAGCGAGAUCAUUGUCGGAUUCUCUUUUAUUUGUAACUUGUAUCUGUUUCCUCUCUUUAAUGGUAGCUGCCUUUUUAACUGAAAGUGCAGAAUUGCAUGGGCUCAUGUUAUUUUGAGCAGGAUUAUUUAUCUAAAGAAGGGGAGGCCUGAGGCUACCGGUGACAAUUGGUGAGCUACAGUAGCCACAUUCGAGGUGAACUCCGGUCUCUAUGAGUUGACGGUCAUAAUUGCUAUGAGCCUGUUACAUAUACAGUGAUAUAUUUGAUUUAGCUCAGGGUUCAGUGACAAAAAUGAAAAAUUUAACUUGUAUGAUGUCAUCAUUUUUGGCGCUCACUGGGUUAUGUGCAUGUCUUUUAUGUCUUACGACAUCAGUACUCUUCUGCCCAGGCAUUCCUCAUUCACAUUGACUUCAGAUUUAUUUCAGGUUGGCAAAUUCAAGUGUCUUUUUUUAUUAUUGAAAUUACACAACGUGGACCAAAAAUGCAUUGGGUGAUGUUAUGUCACCCGUCAUGUUUUUACUUUCCUUUUCAGUCGGUGGUGUAAUGGCAGUAAGGGGGGGAAUUUACAAUGUGUGGCCAUUGAAAGCACAUUCAGUUAGGUGGCUUUGUUGGGUAUUCUAAAGGCAAGGUCAUACUACUUCCCUUUCUGUCUUACACUGCUACAAUUUUAUUCAUUCCUACCAUUUUCACAGCAUACCCUCAGUCUGUCUGAAACUCCUACUGUUCCGGUGUUAAACAAUGUAAUAUUUAAACAUUGGCCCCUUAGUCAACUGUUAUUAUUCACUAUUGGAGUCAUGUUUUAAAGGAGAUCCAAGCACCUUUUGCAUCCAAUCACAUUCGAGGGACCAGUUUGGAAUUGGAAAAUAUCCACCUAUGGUAAUAUUUAUGCCUUGUUUGUUUUUGUUUUUAAUGUUGGUCUAAUUGGCACACACAUAUUUGUCACUGAAUGUGAUUUAAUUACUUCUUAGUGCACUGACAUGCAGCUUGUGGCCAUACAAUGUGUUUUUUAAUCACAGGCCCGGUGGGCUUAUGCUUUAUUAUUACUAUUUAAGAUUAUACAUUUUACCUUAAAUCAGGCAAAUAGUGGAGCUGUUCAUUAGUCUUUGGUCUUUAAAUUAUUCAUAUUUUAGGACACCGUUACCUUGAUUGAUACUGGAAGUAAAAGUUGUAUUAAGACUAUUUGCCCAGUAUUUUAUGUUAUUGUUUUGUCUGAUUUUUAAUUCAAGAAAUGAUCUGAAAUUACAAUCAAAUUUUGGAUGUAUUGGCAAAAAAAAUCACACAUAAUGAUGCUCAUUUCAAUCAUUUGCCAACAAUUAAUUGGCUGUUUUCAUCUUCUUUCUUACUCUGGAAAUAAGUAAAUACAUUAAGUAGUUAAUAAAUAAAUAUUUAAACAACAGAAACACAAAAUGAAAAUUAGAUUAUGCUGCAACUUCUCUCAAAAUGUGCAGUGCUUUACAUCAUGUAAUUUUAUAGCACUACUAAUUGUUAAAGGGAAUACCUCUUGUGAGCAGAUGAGAUGAAAUGCAUUAGAAUCUGUUAGUAGCCAGUUAUACUCGGGAUCUGUGCAUUCAUGGUUUGAUUCUGUUGACUCUCUGUACAUGGAUAUCACAUAAUAAUUUACAACAUACCUGUUUUUUUCUAUACGUUCAUCGUGUCGGUGAGCCUCACAUUCCCAUCCCAUUCAUAACCACGCAUACUGUACAUGCAUCCCCAUUACGGCUUUCGGUGAAGCAAUAGUUCACAUCUCUCAAGCCUUCUCAAGAUGUAUGCUUUUGAAGAGUUCUGAUAUGUAUUUUGAAUAUUCCAAAUGCAGGACAUUUUGUGAAUUUUUGAUAUACGUAUAUGAAUGAUUUUUAUUUUCACUGCCAUGACGAAAGAUCUGUGAUCUUCUCUCCUCUGCAGAUUGUAUUGAUGGUGAAAAAUGAGCCACAUUUUUUGUUUUCCUUUGUAUAAUACCGCAAUUGUUUUGUGCUGUAUUCCUCCUACACAGUGUAAAAUUUUAUUGUUGUUAUAUUAUUACUAUUAUCGCUGAGUUGACUGCUUAGAAACAAAAAUGCAGAUUUCUUAUGGAAGCCGAUAGCCUUGAAUCUAUAGAAUUUUUAUCCUAAAAAAAAAAAGAGAAUGUAUAGACAAUCUUGUCACAAUCAGAAGCUACUCAAAGCGCUGAUCUCCAGUGGACAUUUUACGAAGAAAUCAUGGUUUUCAAAUGUACACUUUUUAUCCUGUUUGAACCCUCUCUCCAUUGACUUUUUUAUGUUUCAUGUUUAAGGCAUGCGGGUUGAAAUAAGCAAAGUGUGUGCAAGUGCGUCGGGCCUUGAGGUGAUAUCUGCCACCACAUGACGGGCCGCAUCACACAAACACUCCAGACUGUACGCACAUAACAUAUUAAGUCACAAUCUUUUAGUAUUCCCCACUUUGUCCUUUUUAAAUUAUACGUAUUUGUGCUUGCACUUUAGAUUCUUUUCUUUCUUUUUUUUUUUAAAAGAAAUAUCACAUUGCCGUAAAGCAUGUUAAGUUUGUAGGUUACAGUAUUGUAGCUCAAUUUUGUUAAUAUGAAUAUGUUUUGCAUUCAUAUAUUAGCUGCAAUAAUGGGAGCAGAGAGGAAAUUAGGGAUCACAGAUUAAAGGAAGCUGUACCUUGUCCCACAUUUGUUUUUGUACUGUAAGAAAGAGCUCAGUUAGUUUAAACAUCUAAAACACUUUUUCGACCUGCUUUUCUGCCUUGUCUCAGGAUUGUGGAAAUUUUGUAGCUUGAAAGGACUUUGUAAACUUGUAGGACUCGGCUACAGCGUUCUGAUUUGAAUGACUAAAAACUGCACCGUGGAAUGAAUAAGUAUUAAAUGUACUCCUAAGUGAUGUGAUUUUACAGCAGGUGGUUAAUUAUACAAUUCACUGAGGGAAACCAUACUGUUUUUUGUACAUAGGUGGAUAAUCUGAAUGUGAAUUUCAACUGAUUGAUUUUCAAGACCUGACCCAGAAUGAAAUGUAUUGAGCCACAGAGACACCCUCAUGCAGCUUUCUUUGUUUACUUUAAACCGAAAUGUCCAUGUGAAGGUCUAAAGGAUGAUAUUAUAUUUCAUCAGCAAGUCAAAUAUGUACAUUUAUAUAAAUAUAUAUUCAAUAUUUACAUUCAGAACAACGGCGUUGGGGCUGUAUGAAAAUACUGGGUCCAUUUCUUUUCACACUUGUUUCACUUCCCUUUAUUUCAAAUACCUCCGUAGAGGUGACACUCAUUUUUGUACUUGUUAUCAAUCUGACAAAAUGUAAACCUGCAAGAGAUAAACCUGUAUUUAUGCUACUGCUGCCUGCUUCCAGUUUGUCCAGCAGCUGAGCCUAAGACGAAAGACUUGUGUACUCUGACAGGAGCGAUAGUGUCUUUCUGAUGGCUCACUGUCUGCGGACCAAGAAACUGAACAUUCUGUUUUCUCUGUCGCAUUACUUCCUGUCUUUUUCUAUACUCAACAGGUUUUAUUUUAUUAAUGCAUUUUGAUGAUGAAGAGUCAUUACUGCAAGCUACUUUGAAUUUGUCUGUUCAGGACUGCUAUGAUAUAACUUGUUAAUGUGACUCUUGGAUUGAAUUAAAAAAUGAAAUGUUAACACA